AAAAAAUGUUGUCUUAGAUUAAAGUUUUAGAAUUUGCUGGUUUAGCCCCAACUGUAUUUAUAGGCAUGGUUUUAGCAGAUUAUGGAGCAUAAGUGACAAUAUUAUCAAGGCUUGAUGCUUAGCCUUAAAAUAGUCCCAUGAAUAGAGGAAAAAAGAGCAUGACAUUUGAUUUGAAAAACAAAUAAGAUAUAGAUAUAGUUAAAAGAAUGGUUAAAGAUAGCAAUGUGUUAAUUGAUCCAUAUCGUCCAGGAGUGUUAGAGAGAUUAGGAUUAUCUUAUUAAAUUUGUUCAGAAAUUAAUCCAAAAUUAAUUUAUUGUAGAGUUACUGGUUUUGGUCAAAAUAGUCCAUUAAAAGAAAAAGCUGGACAUGAUAUAAACUUUAUUUCUUAUGGAGGAGUUCUUGCAUAUUGUGCUAGUACAGGAAAUUAAAAAAGACCAGCUAUUCCUGGUAAUGUAGUGGGAGAUUUUGCAUCAGGAGGAAUGCUAGGUGUAGCUAGUAUUUUAGCAGCUUUAAUCAAUAUUUAAAAAGGUGGGAAUGGAUAGUUAAUAGAUUUGGGAAUGGCUUAAGGAGCUGCUUAUUUAAGUUAAUUUAUUUUACAUUAAAAAAAUGAAAAACUUUGGUCAAAUGGAAUUGGUAAUAAUGUACUAGAUGGUGGAACACAUUUUUAUAAUAUAUAUUAAUGUUAAGAUGGAAAAUUUAUGAGUGUUGGAUGUUUAGAAGAAAAAUUUUAUUAAGAAUUUAUUAAAGCAUUAAUUGUAGGUGGUCUUACUCAAGAAAGGUAUUAUUUUAUUUUAUAACUUAGAGGUUAAUUUUUAUUGGAAAAUUAAUUAAAUUCUAAUGAGUGGGAAAAUUUAAAAUCAGAAAUUUCAUAAUUAUUUUUGAAAAAAACAAGAGAUUAAUGGGAGAAUAUUUUUGAUUAAUUUGAUGCUUGUGUAUCACCUGUGGUUGAAUUAGAAGAAUAUGAAUCUAAAAAAUAUUUAGGAGAAAAUGUCUUUACUAAAAGGAAUGGUUAAAUUGAAGUUAGUGGACAACCUAUUUUUUCAGACCAUAAAUUUUAACUAAAAGAAAUUCCUAAAAUUGGCUAACAUAAUCAUGAGAAGCCUAAGUUAUGAUUUUAUAAAUAAAUUUCAAG